AUGAAGCAACACCUAGGCAACCUCCCCCGACUUGCCUCAGUUUCUCCUAGGGAGAAGCUAGGCCUCUACCUGGCUGCCUCCCAGCAUGCGGUCAGUUCCGUCCUGGUCAGGGAAGAUUCCGGCGAACAGCUCCCGGUCUACUACGCCAACCACGUCCUAACCGGGCCGGAGGAACGAUACCCCCCGAUCGAGAAGCUGGCGCUUGUGCUCAUGCUGUCAACCCGAAAGCUAUGCCCCUACUUCCAGGCUCACCCGGUGGAGGUCAUUACUGACCAGCCGCUUCGGCAGAUCUUAUCUAAAUUUAAUGUUGCAGGACGCCUCCUCAAAUGGGCGGUGGAGCUCGGCGAGCAUGACAUACAAUACGUGCCCAAGACCGCUAUCAAAGCCCAGUCUGUGGCCGACUUCAUCGCAGAAUUAACCCAGGUCGAGGACGGGGAUCUCGAGCAACCUCCCGAGGCCUGGGUCCUGCACGUCGACGGAUCGGCCAACUCAAAAGGUGCCGGCGCGGGGCUGGUGCUGCAAUCUCCCGACAGACGGUCGUUCGAACGUUCCCUCCGCUUCGGGUUCCAAACCACUAACAACACGGAGGAAUACGAGGCGCUCCUUGCAGGACUACGGCUGGCCCUUGAGAUGCAGGUGGUCGCCAUCCGCGUCCUAACCGACUCGCAGUUGGUAGCCGAGCAACUCAGCGGUGGAUACGAAGCUCGGGACCCGACCAUGGCCAAGUACCUGGCACAGGUAAAGAACCUAACCGCCAAGUUCCCUCAUUUUACAUUAUCCAACGUCCCGAGGGGAGAAAACGAGCGAGCCGACACGCUAGCUAAGCUGGCAUCGAAGCCAGCCCCCGAAGUCAGGCCCGAGGUAGAGGAGCUCCCUGCCCGUGCCAUCGAAGUCGCAGUGGCAACCUCGGGCAGCGUGCCUUCCACCUGGGUACAAGACUUGCUGCACUUCAAAAUGGACGGGACUCUUCCGCCCGAUGAAGCGAUGGCUCGGCGCUUGCGUCGCACGCACGCGUGGUAUACCGAGGUGAGUGGACGACUCUACAAGCGGUCCUUCACAUACCCCCUCCUACGGUGCUUGGAGCCCAACGAAGCUCGGACAGUUCUGGCUGAGGUCUAUGAGGGAGUCUGUGGGGAACACAUCGGCGGGCAAACCCUGGCACACAAAAUACUUCGCCAAGGUUACUACUGGCCGACCAUGUGCCGGGACGCGAAGGCCCACGUGCAACGGUGUAGUUCGUGCCAAGAACAUGGCCGCACACCCCGGCAGCCCGCGGUCCCGCUCACCCCCAUCGACUGCGCAUGGCCAUUCGCGCAAUGGGGUCUGGACCUGCUCGGCCCUUUUCCCCCAGCCUCGGGACAGCGAAAGUACAUCGCAUGGCCAUUACUUCACAAAGUGGGUCGAGGCCGAACCACUAGCGACGAUCACGGAACGGCAAAUAGAAAAGUUCAUAUAGAAGAACCUGGUGACUCGGUUUGGCUUGCCCAAAACCAUCAUCACGGACAACGGGCCCCAGUUCACUAG